CCUGAGCCGGCCUGAAGCGGGCUCUUGGCGGCCCACCCUCCAUCGCGUCCUUCCAAGACCAACAGACAAUAGCGCAGCUCGGGUCCUGGAAGCCCAACUCGCCGCUGAGGAUGAGCGGGUGAGGUGGUUCAUCGCCAGGGAAAUGGGGCUUCUGAACAGCCCUUCGGAGCCAAUCUGAACUCUGGCCAAGAAGGUAGCAGUCGAGGACGGAUUAACUAACCGUCUCGGAAGCUAGUGGUCGGGAGGUCCCCGCCCUUUGUGGUGCAAAUGAGGAGAGCGCAGGGGCCCUCGGGGCGGCCCUCGCCCAGGACGAAGUUUCUCCUCGGUUUCUCCGUGACUUUCUUCCCGCUGUGAGCUCGGCGCGGGAUGGUUAGAGCCUUCAAAGACGCCCCCUGCUAACGCGGAGGAAUGCUGGGAAAGAACUUGCCCUCAAGAGUCGCCAGUGCUCCAAACCUGGCAGUGGCCACAACAGGGGAGGAGCCUGAUGUGCACAGCAGCUGUGAAAACCAGACGCGCAGCGGCGUCAGAGAUGCAGGUCUGCACCUGGGGCCGGUGGACACAGGUGUGCACGUAGGGUUGAGCCGCGCUGCCCCGUGGCCACGGGCUCCCAGCUCCGAGAACAUGACUACAGCCCAGAACGGCCAUGGGCAAGUUGCUGCAGUCCCCUGUUCGGUCUCUGAUCCAAAAGACCCCAAAAUGGUGACUUACCCGGCAUGUCAGAACGGAGGGUGCUGCAGCGAUGCGGAAGCCCAGGACGCCAGGCUCGGCCCCGCCAAGCUCGUGCGCCUCUUCUCGGUGAGUAGGAAGAGGACGGGUGCCAACGCCGAGAGGCCCCGCUCGGUGGUCCUGAUGGGGCACUCCUCCACCUGGAACGCCCUGGCCUCCUUUCGGAAGAUGGGAUCUUUUAAAAAAUUGAAGUCCUCCGUCCUUCAAGGAAUUCAGAACCGAGAGGGCUCCGAUGCGGCCAAGGAGGAGGCCUCAGAGCCCGACCCCGGGCCACCCGUUCCGAACGGGGCCGCCAUCGGAAUCCCAACGGGCGGGCGCGGCUCCUCGGCAGUAGCGGGCGGGUGCCCCCAGCCCGGCCCCGGGCCCGGGCCCGCGUCCGACGGCUCGGACCCGGAGGAAGCGGACGAUGCCUUCCAGAGGAGCACGCACCGCUCCCGCAGCCUGCGCCGCGCCUACGGCCUGGGCCGCAUCAGCCUCCUGGACUCGGAGAAGCACGGCCGGCCCCUGUCCCCAGUCGUGCAGGAGCCGGCCCUGUGUGCGAUCGUCGUGAAAGACUCGGAGAACAACAGCAUUGUCUACCGGAGAAGCAAGAGCACCGACAACUUGAAUUUCCUGAAGAAGAGCUCCUUCAAGAGGAAGUCGGCCUCCAACCUCGCGGACCUCAAGGUGGCGCCGGACAGGCCCGCGCCCCAGAGGACGCUGAGCAGCUCUUCGGCCGACUCGGAGAAGCUCGGCGGGGCGGAGAGGAGGACGAAACGCUGGAAGAGCCCCAUCAGGGCCAAGGAUUUCGAUCGGGUCCUGAGACUUGUGAGCAGCGCCACGGACGCAGCCUGGAAGCGAGAGCGUCCCAAGAGCGGGUCGCCCUGCUCCUGCGACGCUGCCCCGCGGCCCGGGCCCCGCAGCCGGCUGCACGACGACUACUCGCGCCGGGUGUCCAGCAGCAGCGAGCUGGAGCGCAGGAGGUGCGCGGCGGCCCCGGACUUCAGCCCAGCCGAUCCGCAGGGCCCCCACGUGGACGUGGAGACAGCGGUGUUUCCCCUGGAGGCCCAAAGCGUCGGUGCUUGCAAGGCUGGCAGCUCGUGGCCAAGUCCGAUUGCCCAGGAAGUGUUGAGCAAAGGCUCCCAUGAACCAAAACCUGGCAGCCAGUUUACAUUCGAACCCGAGCAGCCUCUUACCCCUCUACGGCCCACCACACCCAAGCCCCCCAGCCCUCAGAGCCCAGGCGCAGGAAAUACCAAGUGCCCCAACAAUCUCAGUGUGCUGUCCCUGAGCUCAGUGGACAGUGAGGAACGGACAGAAGGUUCUGUGCCCUUCCAGGACUCGGUGCCAGCUACAUGUGACAAAGGCAGUGAGGACAGCGGUGCCAGCAGCCACCCUCAGCUGAGCCCCAGGGGGGCAUCGGGUCCAGAAGAAAAGAAAGAGGAGGUGGUUACUGAGGAAUCCUGGAGGCGGGGCUCAUCCCAGGAAGAAGAAAGAACAGAUGCUCAGAGGAUCUCCAGGAGGAGAUGGGGCUCUGGGGGACGGUCAAGGCCUCGACCACUCUCCGACUAUGGCCAGCUGGCCAGCCGAAGUUUGUCAAUUCCUGAAGACUCAGUGGCUGUGUCCCCCCAGAAGGAGGACUGUGUGGAUGGUGCUCACCAGCCAAGCAUGACGUCUGCGGACCCUGCAGACCGGAACGCUGCCCUGGGCUGCCCCAAAGGAGGCCGGAGAAAACGCCCCAUCUCUGUGAUAGGUGGGGUCAGCUUCUACGGGAACAGCCAGACAGAAGAAAUAGAGAAUCUUCUAACCCAACCAGCAGCCAGGCCGCCCGUGCCAGCUCACCAGGUGCCGCCCUACAAAGCGGUUUCGGCCCGAUUCCGGCCGUUCACGUUUUCCCAGAGCACCCCCAUUGGGCUGGACCGUGUCGGACGCCGGCGCCAGAUGAGAGCAUCCAACGUUUCUUCAGAUGGUGGUCCUGAGUCCUCUGCCUUAGUGGAUGACAACGGCAGCGAGGAGGAUUACAGCUAUGAAGACCUCUGUCAGGCCAACCCCAGAUACCUGCAGCCCGGCGGAGAACAGCUGGCCAUCAACGAGCUGAUCAGCGAUGGCAGCGUGGUCUGUGCAGAAGCCCUGUGGGACCACGUGACCAUGGAUGACCAGGAACUGGGCUUCAAGGCAGGAGACGUCAUCCAGGUUCUGGAAGCCUCUAACAAGGACUGGUGGUGGGGCCGGAACGAGGAUAAGGAAGCCUGGUUCCCCGCAAGCUUUGUCAGAUUGCGAGUCAAUCAGGAGGAGCUGUCGGAGAAUUCCAGCAGCACCCAGGGCGAGGGGCAGGAGGCGGACGCUGGCAGCAACCGCCACAAACACUGUGAGAGCAAGCGGCAGAUGAGGACCAACGUCGUCCAGGAGAUCAUGGACACCGAGCGUGUGUACAUCAAGCACCUCAAGGACAUCUGCGAGGGCUACAUUCGACAGUGUCGCAAGCACACAGGGAUGUUCACUGUCGCACAACUAGCCACCAUUUUUGGAAACAUUGAAGAUAUUUACAAAUUCCAAAGAAAGUUCCUGAAAGACCUGGAGAAACAGUACAACAAAGAGGAGCCUCACUUAAGUGAAAUAGGAUCCUGCUUUCUUCAACAUCAAGAGGGCUUCGCCAUCUACUCCGAGUACUGUAACAACCACCCCGGCGCCUGCGCGGAGCUGGCCCGCCUGAUGAAGCAGAGCAGGUACCGGCACUUCUUCGAGGCCUGCCGCCUGCUCCAGCAGAUGAUCGACAUCUCCCUGGACGGCUUCCUCCUCACGCCGGUGCAGAAGAUCUGCAAGUACCCCCUGCAGCUGGCCGAGCUGCUCAAGUACACCACGCAGGAGCACAGUGAUUACAGCAACAUAAAGGCGGCAUACGAGGCCAUGAAGAACGUAGCCUGUCUGAUCAAUGAGCGCAAACGCAAGUUGGAAAGCAUAGACAAGAUAGCACGGUGGCAAGUGUCCAUCGUCGGCUGGGAGGGACUGGAUAUUUUGGACCGAAGUUCAGAGUUGAUCCAUUCUGGGGAACUGACCAGACUCACGAAGCAAGGCAGGAGCCAGCAGCGGACGUUCUUCCUGUUUGACCACCAGCUGGUGUCCUGUAAGAAGGACCUGCUGCGCAGAGACAUGCUCUACUACCGGGGCCGCGUGGACAUGGAUGACAUGGAGCUCGUGGACCUGGAGGACGGUCGGGACAAAGACUGGAACCUCAGCUUGAAAAACGCCUUCAAGCUCGUCAGCAGAACCACCGACGAGGCUCAUCUGCUUUGUGCCAAAAAACAAGAAGACAAGGCGAGGUGGCUGCAGGCCUGUGGGGACGAAAGGAGAAGGGUGCAGGAGGACCGAGAGAUGGGAAUGGAAAUUCCCGAAAAUCAAAAGAAACUCGCCAUGUUAAAUGCUCAAAAGGCAGGACAUGGAAAGUCAAAAGGCUACAGCGGGUGCCCCGUGGCCCCACCGCACCAGAACUUACAUCCCCUUCACCAGCGCCAUGUCACCGUGCCCACCAGUGUCCCUCAGCAGCAGGUCUUUGCCCUGGCAGAACCCAAGAGGAAGCCGUCUCUGUUCUGGCACACCUUCAAUAAACUCACCCCUUUCAAGAAAUGAAAACGGGUGCCGCACUUCUACCGAGGUGGCUGUGAAGAGGACCUUCUGUUUCUUCUGUGCUCACUCCAAGGAGAGUGUUGGACCCAGUGCUGAAAACUUCUUUGCGGGAUGAAAAAAGAAGAGGCAUUGGACUCACCUUCGGUCUUCAGAGACACAGCUGCCGCCCUGGAAGGGGCAAGAUGGCAGUGACACACAGCUUUCGUGGACACAAGAACCCUCUGUGACCUGUGCUGAGGUGGCCGAGGCCUGGGACCAGUGACAUGGUCUAAAGUGAAUGCUGAGCAGACCUGACAAGCAUCGCUCAUGACGAGCAUGCUGGCUGCUGCAGCCCAGGCCCAGGGGACUGAGAGGAAGGGCAAGAUAUGGCAGUUUUGCACUUGAUUUGAAGGGAUUGGUCGUGAUGGAGUUGGGAGGAUGCUGCCUCUCGCUGGCACAGGUGAGCCGUUCCUGUGUCCCAUGUACAGAAGCAGUGUUCCUGGCCACCUAAACCCACACAGUCACCAAAUGGACGCACAGGCUUUCUCCUACCAGGUUCCUCCCCCUCCAGGCUGGAAGGAAAAGCAGGAUGAGCUUGUCAGGUGGCAGCGAGGUCUGCAGCGCAGUGACUCCAGCUUCCCCAAGGGACCGCUGCUUUCCGGGAGGGAGUGCAAGAGCCUACUGUGGGCUGACUUGACGCCUCACGUACUCUCCUGCCCGCCUGUGUGCAGCAGAAACCACGGCUACUCGCGCGUCAUAACCUGAAAAACUAUUCGAACAUACGCGUUUGCAAUAUAAAAACCCGUUUCCUUUGAUUUUGUGAUAAAGCAAAAAUGCACAUGCCCUGACUGAACGGCAUUCUGAACGUGCGUCUGUCUGUGUGCUCACUCCAUCACUGGUUUCUGCUGCCAUCACCAAUCAGAUCAUAACAACAUGUGCAUUCCAUUGAGAAGGCAUGAGGUUCAGAACCGUCCAGCUGCCUGAGGGUUCAAAGCCGACCUGGUUGCGUAAACUCAAGCAGUAGUGCUAACCCUGAUUACUAGCAUGUCGACAGGUUUCUGAAGAUCCCUUCUUUAUAACAGAGACCUUAACAAAAUAUGUCUCAGCGCAGACAGCAGUCUUUUUUACCAAAGGCCACGUGGGCUGAUACCUGUCAAUAGUCAUCUCCUAUUCUGUAUGUGUUGUACAUUUUGAUGGAAAUACCUUUUAAAUGUGUCCAGAGAAGACAGGCUCUGCAGAGAGAGAUGCCAUUUUAAUUUACUUAGUGCACUGGAUGGAGGGUAUUGUAUUACGCCAUUUGUGGUUUUCUCUUUGAGAAGCUCUUUGUAUGCUCCUCUCGGAGAGUUCUUGUUUCUACUAGACCCGUGCUUGAGAAGAAACAAACCUGUCCUGUCAAACACAGGGGUAGUCCGAGUCUCCAAGUGUGUGGUUCCUCCACUCCCCCACCUUCACCCAUACCCAGAAGAGGUGACAUCAUGCAACAAGGAGGCAUAGAACAACCUCUCGGCCGGGGCUCGGAGCGUCAUGUAAAAGUUGUGUCAGGAAAUCGUACCUGUCUUGAGCCCGCUCUGCACGUCAGUAUGCUCACUUCUAGGUAGUUUCCAGAAGGUCAUGCUGCCUUGUGGCCAACAACCACAGGCCACUUCUGGGGACCUUGACCCCAAGUGUCCCAGGAAUAGAGGCUGCUUCUGUGAGGACACAUCUCAGGAGGUGCUGUGACUCCACGUGCACAAGCGCGUGUGUUGCACUUUUGAAUAUAGACAUCUCAAGUGUAGUUGCAUUUAGAUAACUGACCUUUUUACUAACCAAAAAUAAUGACAUGUUUUGUAAACUAUACGUAAUAUACUUUUUGUGGACCCCUCAGCAGUAACCGUAGGGGGUCUCUGUGCUAAAUAGAGUUGUUUGUAUAUACAGCAAUUUUGAACAGUUGGUAGGUUUUUUUGUUUGUUUUUUAAUAUAAGGGGAAGCAAAGAGAAUUACUUGCAAAUGUUACAUUUUCAGUGAGGAUUCGAUUCAUGUAAAGAAUCACUCAGAGGGCUUCCGUUUACUAAUAUUUGUUAAUGGGCAAUGAAGAAACCCUGUAAGCUCUGUGACCAGUCCUGAGUCACUUUCCAGCUGAGCCCUCCCUUGACGUCCCAUCUCUCACUCAGCCGGGGUCCUGACAGAAGCAGGAACCUCAGCCAGCAGGGCCUGUGGAGCCCGGGGGCUGCUCUGUCCCCUCUGUGCAGCGUGAGAGUCACCUGAUCAAAUACCUGUUCUAGGUGGAGCCUGCUUGGAUUUUCGAGUGAUUUUGAAAACUGCUUACGUAUAUUUAAAAGGAUAGAACUCCUUUGACUUCUUGAAGUUUGUAUGUCUACCUUGGGUUGUAUUACCAAAUGCCUGAGUUCUAUCAAGGACAGAUGGCUCAAGUAUUCUAAUUCUGGUUUGCCAAACUCCCUUCUUGAUUUAAGUCACAUGUUCUACAUGGAAAGAAAGAGAAAACCAAGAGCCUUCUGUACAGGUUAUAUAUGAAUUGCGUUGGGAAUCUUGCUUACUCUUUCUUUCUCUCUUUUUUAACCCUACAUUGCAUAAUACGGUGGACCAAAAAAAGGGGGGGAUGAUAUAGUAUUUUGAUGAAUUUCACUUAUUCUAUCCUUCAUGUUUUAGAAUUUGCCAACUCUGUCGAAUGGCAGUUGUCGUGGCCUUGGGUCAAAAGCAGCCUUCUCAGUGUCGAUCCUACCUAACACGGGGCACGACCUUGGUGGUAGAUGGAGCAACCAUAAAAUAGAAUAUGUGUAAAACUCUGGAAAAACAACAUUCUUUGUCUUUGGCCUGCAAACUAGACAAAGAGUGGCAGCAACUUGCCCGAGCUUGAAUAGGCUACCACCUGCAUAGUUUGAUUUUAGUAGAUAUGACCUUUUUCACCUGGUAGAUCUGAUUUUGAUUUUGUAGUUGAAAACAUUUCCCUUUCAUCUCCACGCUAUUUCUGAACACUGUCAUGUCUUUUUAUGUCUAAUCCAGAUGAAGACUAAGUCCGUGCCUAUUCAGGAAGGACCCCUAGAUCCUGCAUUGCUCUGGCCUAGGCACAGCAAAAGUGCAUUUAAUUGAAAAUUUGGUUCAUAAUAGAAAUCUUCUGUAAAAGCCGUGUGAUGCGGUUUUUUUUAUCAGUUGGAAAUCUUUACCUGUCCAAAUUGCUGAUAUUCCUCCAUGCAAAUCACCUGAGUUAGAGUAGAGAACCCUGAUUACCUGGAGUUAGGGGGGAAAUUGCUGUGUUAUUUUUUGGUGACAGGAGAAAUGGAUAUGUCCCUCCUAGGACAGUACCAAAAAGUGUGAAUAAAUGUUCUUUCAAUGGCUCCAGGGCACAAGUCAAAACUAGGUCAAACUAAUCAAAAACAGUUUUCCCUAUAAAUUGUUCUCCCUGUUAAAAUUUCGCUUUGCUGAAAUUGUUGUUCCCGGGAUGGAUGUGCUGAAUGUGGAGUUCAAAAGAUUUUGAAACAAAUAAGUAAAACUUAUCUGAUGCAAAUAUAUUUAGCUACAACACACAUAACAUUAUUGCCUUAAGUUAUUUCAUAGGCAUAAACAUUUGCAUUGAAAAAACACUUUAACUGAUUCUACGAUUUAAUAAUUGGUCUUUUUUGUACGUAUUAGUAUCUGUUGUGUUUGACUUACCUACUUUGGCAAGCUUUGGGUAACCUUUUCCUUUCAUGUUAACUCGUCACCAUCAAGGUGAGGUUAUCUGUGUAAGUCAAGUGACAGCUUCCAAACUGAUGAAUUGGCUGUUGACAGCUGAAGUAUGUUGUACAAGAUUGCUGUAACUUGAUAGGUAUUUUUGUUGAAUGAAGUUUUUGUAAAAAAAAAAAAAAAAAUUUACAACGUUAUGGGAAUGAUUUCUUGUAAAUGCUGUGAAUCUAUAUUUGUUGUUUUGUAUCUGUAUAUUAAAAUUAAUUU